AUGUCUGAGAACGAAGAUAAUAAUAAAUUCGAAUUCUACUCCUGGAUUAUCUCCCAAGUCGUAAUUGUAGUCUUGGCAUUCAUCCUCUGUGGCUGUCAUUGUAUUGAAAGACGCAAAUUCAAGAAGAAAUUGAUUGAUUUCAGAGAUAUCAAAGAUGCCCCUAAGUACAAAAGGAAUAUCGUGGACCCAAUGCUAGCACCUCUCAAUGGAUGA